CUGUAAACAUUUGCAAGCAUGUUGUGACUUUCAUACUUUAAUAAACAACCAAAAUGAGUGGACAGAAGGGCAACAGCGACCCUGUGAUAUUGGCGACAGCAGGAUACGACCACACAAUACGGUUCUGGCAGGCACACACAGGAAUAUGUUACAGAACGGUCCAGCACCCUGACUCACAAGUGAAUGCUUUGGAAAUCACUCCUGACAAGCAGAUGAUAGCAGCGGCAGGAUAUCAACAUAUUAGAAUGUAUGACUUGAACUCUGAUAACCCUAACCCUGUUGUAAAUUAUGAUGGUAUCCAGAAAAAUGUUACCAGUGUUGGCUUUCAUGAGGAGGGAAAAUGGAUGUACACUGGCGGGGAAGACAACACAGUCCGCAUAUGGGAUCUCAGAACAAGGAGUUUGCAGUGUCAAAGAAUAUUUCAGGCCAAUGCUCCAGUAAAUUGUGUGUGUUUACAUCCCAACCAGGGAGAAAUAUUUGUUGGAGAUCAGAAUGGCAAAAUUCACAUCUGGGAUCUGAAGACAGAUAGCAGUGAAAAUUUGACUCCAGAAAAAGAUGCCUCAAUUCAAUCAAUCAGUAUAGACCCCAUGGGAACAAUGAUGUCUGCCAUUAACAACAAGGGGAUGUGUUAUAUCUGGACCCUGUCUGGAGGAAGGGGGACAGAUCCAGUUAAAGUCCACUUAAAAAACAACUUUGAAGCUCACUCUAAGUACGGAAUUAAGUGUCUGUUCAGCCCAGAUUCAACGUUACUGGCCACCACUUCAGCUGACCAGACCUGUAAGAUCUGGAGAACAGCUGACCACACACUCAUGACUGAACUAAAGGAAAACACUCAGAGAUGGGUGUGGGACUGUGCCUUUAGUGGGGACUCACAGUACAUCAUAACAGCUUCCUCAGACAACAUGGCCCGUCUGUGGUCCGUGGAGAUGGGGGAUGUUAAGAAGGAAUACAGUGGUCACCAGAAAGCUGUUGUCUGUCUCGCUUUCAGGGACGAGUUUGUGCAAUAACAGGGAGAAUAGUAUAGGUUAUAGGAGAGUAUCAGUUUAGUAUUGAAGGCUGUAUGUUUCAAGAAGAGUGUUGCCGGGACUUAUGUACCGAUAUGCAUUGGAUAUCUAGUGACAGACUAUGAAAUUCGUAGGGACACUGUGUCAAAAUGGUUAUAGAUUGUUGAAUAAAUUUUGUUGAAGUAUUAAAUAUUGUGUAUAGUAUAUUGUUAUUAAAUGAAAUACAAAUAAAAUUUCAUGUGAAAAAUUUGGAA